AUCCCAAUAAUCGAGGACUCCGUAGAGCUCAAAUUUACCUAUCCCAGCUCCAAGAGAAUGUGUCGCAUCACUCGAACGCAAAUGCCAGUUCUUCCAGGGUUCGUGACCACUGCACAUAAGUCGCAAGGACAGACACUUGAGAAAAUAAUAACUGAUCUUGGCUCCAAAUGGUGUCGAGGCGCCGAAAAGCCGUAUGUAAUGGUGUCC